GGAAGCGCCACGGAGCCCUGCCCCCGCGGCAGCAAGCCACGCCCCCGUGGCAGCAAGCCACGCCCCCGCGGCAGCAAGCCACGCCCCCGCGGCUCGAGGCCUUGUCGUGGCGGCCGAGGGGCGGGGCCUUCGUUUCCUUCCCCGGCGGGGCCGAGUCGAACUGAGCAGCCCCGCCCCGGCCCGCCCUGUCCCGCCCGCCCGGUGUCCCCGGCUGCCCCCGCCGCCCUCAGCAUGCACGGUGCGCCCGACAUCCCCGAGGAGGUCUGCAGCCUCCUGGCAGAUGUUGACACAUUUAUUUCCCAAACACUAAAAGGAGAAAGUCUGUCCAAGAAAGCUAGAGAAAAAAGAGAAGUUCUUCUUAAGAAGAUAAAAGAUAUUAAGGCAAGUUACCCGCGGGAGCUGCAGGACAGAGAAUUGGAAGAUGAGGAAGAGUUUGAGGGCAUUUUUUCUUCACCUCCUGAUAGUGUCUCAAUAACAUCUGAUCGAUAUGAUAAAGAGGAUGAAGCACUUUCUGAUGGGAAUCAGUUUCCUCCCAUUGCAGCUCAGGAUCUUCAAUUUGUUCUGAAGGCUGGAUAUCUGGAAAAACGCAGAAAAGACCACAGUUUUCUUGGCUUUGAAUGGCAGAAACGUUGGUGUGCUAUCAGUAAGACGGUCUUCUAUUAUUAUGGAAGUGACAAAGACAAACAGCAGAAAGGUGAAUUUGCCUUGGAGGGCUACACCAUCAGAAUGAAUAAUAGCCUUCGGAAGGAUGCAAAGAAAGAUUGCUGUUUUGAAAUCUCGGCUCCUGAUAAGCGCAUUUAUCAGUUUACAGCUGCCACUCCCAAAGAAGCAGAGGAAUGGGUGCAGCAAGUCAAAUUUGUAAUUCAAGAUAUGGAAUCUAAUACUAUUCCUGAGGAGGAAGAAGAAUAUGACGAUGUUGGACAAGUGAGCAAUGAGCCAGUAGAUGAUAGCAUUUAUGAAGAAGUUAAAGAAGAACGUGUUUCUUCAAAGGCUGAAGUGCCAAGAAAACCGAGCCAGGAGAAAGUUACCACCGUUUCAGACAGCAAAAAUACCAAUUAUGCAAAUUUCUAUCAAGGUUUGUGGGACUGCACAGGAGAUGUACCUGAUGAGUUGACAUUUAAACGUGGUGACGUUAUCUACAUACUCAGCAAGGAGUACAAUAGAUUUGGCUGGUGGGUAGGAGAAAUGAAGGGAACCAUUGGCUUGGUGCCUAAAGCCUACAUAAUGGAGAUGUAUGAUAUUUGAGAGGCCUGGGAGAAAUCUGCACUUGAUUUCAAGAGUGGUGUGCAGCUGCAGUUUACAGACGUGGCUUCUGAAAGAAAGAAGAUUCUGCCGUACACAUUUUGUGGUUUUAGUGAAUGUAGUCAGAUCAUUGCCUUGUGUAUAUUAAACAUUAAAAACUGUAAUUGAUCUUAAUUCUGUGGAAAUGUUCUUCUUAGCCACUUUUUUGUAGAAUUGUAAUGCUAGGAAAUGAAAUAGAUGGCAAUUAAUAUAUGGGGUGGAAGCAGCUGGAUGGUGCCUGUUGCUCUUAAGCAUGUUAGCAGCGCUCUGUAUAGCUAUAGGUUUGUGUUCUUUGGGUAUGUUUUGCUAUGUUUUCCUGUUCCUUAAAUUUAGAAAAAUUAAACUAAACUUCAAAAGUAGAAAACUUAUUACUCCGUUCAUACAUGCAUUAAGCUUUUAAUGCUCACUGUACAUUUUGUGCAGCUUCCUAGGAAAAUCAAGGGAAAACUAUGUGUAAUAUUGCGAGUGUUCAAGGUAUUCUGCUUCCAAAUGUUUUUAUAGUAUGUGUUGCCAAUGAUUUAUUUUUCUCAUAUAUUAGUAAUGUAUUGUUAAUUAAUAUUCUGUUACCACCACAUGAAGGCUUGAUUCUUUUGCUGAUGUAAUAAAUUGGUCUGUGUGGUAAUACUGCUCUGAUAUAGUUCUGACUUGGAGAUAUGAAUUAUGUGAAAACAUGCAAAAAGAUGAUAUAUUAAACCACA